AUGAACCCCUGUCUUCAAUCCAGUGGUCUUCAGAAUUUUCUGCUUUCAUACUUUGACCCUGAGGACCCUGAAGAAAUCAUAAGAGACCCUGUGGCAGCUUACAAACUCCUCAGACGACUGAGAAAUGAUUUGAUACAUAUUGUAGAAAACAUCCAUCCGAGUCUUCAGUGUGUAGAGUAUCAUGAUGAGUUGAAGACAAAGAUCCCACAGCGGGAGAAUUUGAAUGGUGCAGCUUCAGGACUGAUCAGACUGCAAGAGAUCUACAGACUCUACCCAGAAGACAUCACAAGUGAAACGUCUCUAAAUGCAGAUGAAGCUUACCAUGUGGGGUUGGUUGCUUAUAAUGAGGACAAAUUUCAACAUGCCUUUCUCUGGUUUCUGCAUAGUUUGAAUAGAUUAACGGCAUACUCAAGCACUAUGGAGGAAGAACUGCUUCACUACUUUAUUUUCUCAGCCUAUGAUUUUGGCAGCCUACCUGAAACCUUUUAUCUGGGUGAGCUUAAUCCAACUAAUGAAGUCAGACUUCGGCUGAAUAGACUCCUUCACUUCCUGAGAACUUCAAACCCUGACAUAUUCACACUGAACAUACAGUCAAGUAAAUAUGAGAGGCUGUGCAGAGGAGAGAUUGAUGAGAGGACCACCAGGAGGCAGAGAGCGCUGUCCUGUAGGUACAGCACAGGUGGAGGAAACCCCAGACUGAUGUAUGCACCAGUGAAAGAGGAAGUGGAGUGGGACGAGCCUCGUAUCAUCAGAUAUCAUAUUAUUAUUUCAGACAGAGAGAUAGAGAUCCUGAAAAAUAUCUCCAGACCUCUAGUGAAUAUCUAA